GAAGAUGACUGAUCGAAACAGUCAAGUCUUGUCUGAGGGUCUGUGACCUCAUUGAAACCGACAGAUAUUUCCCAUUUUAAUGAACCAUUUUCUCAGGAAGCUGAAGAAGGAAAUAUGUUUAUUUAAAUACAUGCUUUAGGAUCUUUAGUAGUAGUUGUAGCUUUACGGGAAAUUACCAUUCGGAUCCAUUUGUUCAGGGUGGCAACAAAUACUCCAAACUUACAAGGCACGACAUUUUUUCUCCAUAAUAUUAUUUGGUGAGGAAGCCCUGAGCAACCAAUCAUGGGAGAUUGGGGAUUCCUCUCAGCUUUACUGGACAAAGUACAGUCCCACUCCACCGUCAUCGGCAAGAUAUGGAUGAGUGUCCUCUUCAUCUUCAGGAUUCUGGUGUUGGGAGCAGCGGCGGAGAAUGUGUGGGGUGACGAGAGAUCCAACUUAGUAUGCAACACCAACACGCCUGGUUGCGAGAACGUGUGCUAUGACUGGAAGUUCCCCAUCUCGCAUAUUCGCUUCUGGGUCAUGCAGAUCAUCUUCGUUUCCACUCCAACUUUGGUGUAUCUGGGCCACGUGGUGCACGUCAUCCACCAAGAGAACAAACUGAGAGAGGAGCAGAAAAGAAACCCGAUGUCAAAGUCACCAAAAUAUACAAACGAAAAAGGCAAGGUUGAAAUCAAAGGAAGCAUGCUGGGUAGCUACUUGACCCAGCUGUUUAUUAAAAUUAUGUUAGAGGUGGCUUUCAUCGUUGGACAGUAUUAUCUGUUUGGAUUUAUCAUGGAGCGUAAGUUCCACUGUAAGCAGUUGCCUUGUACGGUGGAGACAGAGUGUUUCGUGUCUAGACCCACAGAGAAAACGGUCUUCAUUAUCUUCAUGUUGGUGGUGGCAUGUGUGUCUCUGGCCUUAAAUGUUCUAGAAAUAUUCUAUUUGCUUUGUAAGAGGAUAAGUGGGAGAAAUAAGAAAUAUAGGAAUGCAAUGUAUACUAGCGAUUCCCAUCAUCCUUCACCUUUUUCAGUAGAACUUGAUGCUGCUAAUGGAAUGAGACACAAUGAGUUAAACAUGGCCUUUCAGAACAGAUGGGGUCAGAGCAAAGGCAGCCUUGAUGGAGCCAAACCUGAGCCAUAAGGCAAUAAGUCAUCGUUGUAAGAUGAUAAAUGCACAUACCUAAUAUAAUCAACUUAAUUCAACAACUACAAUUUAAUCAACAUAACAAAAUAUUGUUGAUUGUAACUUUUGCUAACUGAACACUAGAUGGCGCUGUAAUCUUCUUGAGUUGCACUCACUAACCCUUAUCUUGUCACUA